GCUUCAGGGCAGUGGACUUGGGGACAAGUCUUGUCUACGCGUUGUGAGCUUGAAUCUGAUCCUCGGUUAGAAUCAAAUCAGUAGCUCAGUAUCUUCCUCUCGCCGGAUAUCUGUUGUUGGUUGUACUGCGGCGGUGCAGCGGAGAGCGAGGCCACCGCACCUCAGGUUGACCAUGGUGGAGAGCUUGGACUUCGAGAAGCGGCAGAAGCGAUACUGCAUCCGCGGCAAACAUGCAAUCAUCAUCUGCAUAACCUUGGCGGUUUGCUCUGUAGCGGUAGGUCUCGGGGUGGGCCUCACGCGCUCUGACAAUUGCCCCUUAACCACCGAGGAGCCUCCGAAGCCCACCACAAGCCCCGAGCCUCCGCCAGCUGACAGAGGACCUUGCAGAGCCUCCAAUGACACCAGUGGGGACUGGAGGAAUUUUCGCCUGCCAGGCUACAUAAGCCCUGUGCACUAUGACCUGCAUCUGGAGCCAGACCUUGACACAGACCUCUACACCGGGGACGUAGCGGUCCAUAUUGAGGUCGGCAAGCCCACAAGCCACCUGUGGCUCCAUAUACGGGAGACCUUUGUCAGCGCUGUGCCCAGUCUUGUGCUGCGGAGCCAGGCAGGCGAGAAAGCAGUGCCGGUGAAAAGCUGCUUUGAGUACAAAGCUCAUCAGUAUGUGGUAGUGGAAGCGGCGGACGAGCUGCCAGCCACCAAACCAGGCGAGUUAUACAUCCUCAAGCUGCACUUCCAGGGACGGCUCAACGGAUCUUUGGUGGGAUUCUACAGGGUCACCUACAUAGAAAACGGCGUUACUAAGAAAAUUGCUGCAACAGAUCAUGAGCCGACAGAUGCCCGCAAGUCGUUUCCCUGCUUUGAUGAGCCCAACAAAAAAGCAACCUACAAGAUCUCCAUCACGCAUGACAACACCUACCAGGCUCUCUCCAACAUGCCAGUUGAGGGCGUCCCACAGCCCGUGUCUGGCAGCAGACUGACCACCUCCUUCCACAAGUCCGUUCCCAUGAGUACCUACUUGGUAUGUUUUGCUGUGCACCAGUUCACCUAUUUGGAAAGAGCGUCUUCCCGAGGAAUACCUCUGAGAAUCUAUGCACAGCCGAGCCAGAUAAGAACUGCAGAGUAUGCAGCCAACAUGACCAAGCUCAUAUUUGACUAUUUUGAGGAGUACUUUGACAUGCCAUACUCAAUCUCAAAACUAGAUAAGAUAGCCAUCCCUGACUUCGGGACAGGCGCCAUGGAGAACUGGGGCCUGAUUACCUACAGGGAGACCAACCUGCUCUAUGAUGAACAUCAGUCAUCUUCUUACAACAAGCAGCGCGUGGCGAGUGUCAUCGCCCACGAGUUAGUUCAUCAGUGGUUUGGCAACAUAGUGACGAUGGACUGGUGGGAUGACCUCUGGUUAAAUGAAGGUUUUGCCAGUUUUUUUGAAUACAUCGGUGUGGAGAAAGCUGAACCCAACUGGGGAAUGCGCGACAUCAUGGUCAUAAGUGACGUGCUUCCUGUCAUGGUGGAUGAUGCCCUCCUCUCCUCUCACCCAAUCAUCGUGAAUGUGUCAACUCCCUCCGAGAUCACCUCCGUGUUCGAUGCCAUCUCCUAUAGCAAGGGGGCCUCCAUUCUCAGAAUGCUUGAAGACUGGAUGGGACAAGACAAGUUCAGAGAUGGUUGUCGAAAAUACUUGAAGGACUACAAUUUUAAGAAUGCCAAAACAGCCAACUUCUGGACAUCUCUCGCAAACGUGAGCAGACUGCCCGUUGCAGAGGUGAUGGACACAUGGACCAAACAAAUGGGUUACCCCGUCCUAGAUCUGUUUCUUUCUGGCUCUGUCACCAAACUAACCCAGAAGCGCUUCCUCCUGGAUCCCAGUGCCAACGCCAGUCAGCCUCCUUCCCCUUUCAGUUACAAGUGGACAAUCCCUGGGACAUGGCACGCAAUAAAAAGCAACAGGAGUUCCACUUUCAUGUUCAACCAAAGCAUGCCAGAACAUGUUUUCAAUGACUACUCACCUUCAGUGGAUGGACUGCUAAAAGUUAACAGGCAUCACGUGGGCUUCUACAGAGUCAAUCAUGACGGACACAUGUGGAGCAGCAUCAGUCAACAACUUCAGACCAACCACUUGGCGUUUGAUGCAGCCGAUCGCACCAGUUACAUCGACGAUGCCUUUGCUCUCGCGAGGGCGAAUACUCUGGAUUAUGGCAACGCCCUAAACCUCACCAAAUACCUGGCCAAUGAGACGGAUUACAUCGUUUGGGACCGUGUGGCGUCCUCCAUCGCCUUUGUGGGGAGCAUGCUGUCAGACAGUGCCCUGGUUUACCCCAAGUUUAAGAAACUAUUCCGCGAUCAUGUGAGUGCAAUCUCCAAGCAGCUCGGCUGGCAAGAUGAAGGCGAGCAGAUCGAGAGGCUCCUGCGGGAGACAGUGCUCAGCAUCGCCUGUCAGAUGGGAGAUGAGGAAGUCCUUAAGGAGGCAUCUCGGAUCUUUGAUGAGUGGAUUUAUGGAACCAUAAGUGUGGGAGUGAACCUAAGACUAUUGGUCUACCGCUAUGGCAUGAAGAACUCCGGCACUGAGGAGAAGUGGAAAAUAAUGUUCCAGAGGUACAAAGAUGCUACUUUGGCCCAAGAGAAGGACAAGCUCCUGUAUGGUCUAGCAUCUGUGGAGGAUGUGGACCUUCUCUACAGGCUGCUGGAGGCAUCUAAAGAUGAGAGUGUGGUGAGGAGUCAGGACUUAUUCACUGUGGUGCGCUACGUGUCUUCCAACCCAGUAGGAAAGAGCAUGGCCUGGGACUGGACCACCCUCAACUGGGACUACCUGGUUAAGAGGUACACCAUCAAUGACAGAAGCCUGGGCCGCCUGCUGGGUCAAAUCACAACCACCUACAACACAGAGCUACAGUUAUGGAAGAUGGAGCACUUCUUCAGCCUGACACCUGACUGUGGUGCGGGGCAGAUGCCCAGACAACAGGCACUGGAAAGGGUGAAAACCAACAUUGAGUGGGUUAGGCUGAACGAGUUAGAGAUUCGACUGUGGCUGGAGAGUAAUGUUGCCUAAGGUAAUAUCAGAUGCACAGCACGUCAGAGAAUCAUACCAUGUCAGUGACCAAAUAUUACCACCCCCUGGAGAUCCACUAGCCCCAUGCACGUAGAGGGUGCAGGUAACCAUCCAUCACUGUUGCCGGUCUCUCUUUAUGCUUGUAAGCGUGACAAGCUGCCAGUUCUUAAAGAGCGGGGGAACCAAAAUUGACAGAUUUGCUUCAAAAUACUUCACAAAUGUGGGGGAUGUGUUGCUGUUGACAUGUUAAAAUGUGUUGAGCCAUGUAUAGAGCUGAUUUGCGGAGUUAGACCGUUUUGGGGUAUUUUUCCCGCUUUCCUUUCUUGAUUUUUGGGGCGGCUUCCUUGGUGACGUCGCCGUCUUCCUCUCGGCGCCACGCCCCCGGAGUCUGAAACCAGUGGACGCUGCAGAUUUUUACACGAUUUUGAAGCUUUGUUUUAUAUACUUGGCAACAUUUUUAAUCAUACAGAAUUGGCUGGAUGGGUACUGGUAUGUUUUCCUGGGGUAUGGGUAUCCCAAAACACAGAUUUGAGCUCAGUUACCCGCCACUUGAAGCAUUUCACUGUCCAUUCACAGUGUGUGUGACAGCCCAACAAAAAGAGAUGACGCGAUGUUUACAUUUGAUUGACCAACUCCUCCCUACCAAUUGAGCAGUAUGUAGAAUGGACGGUAUGAAAUGUAUUUUCCAUUAAGCCAUUUACCCAUGUGUCUCGGUGUCACUGACACCUUGAGAGUAUUUAUAAACUCUUGUUUCUGAAAACGCAGUGGCCGGAUGAAGUAGCGGUUAAACAUCACACAAUGUGUUGAAGGAUUUUUUUAUUUUUCAAAACUGCUUGUUUUUAGCUUUCUUAUCACAUUUGAAAGCAUGAAUAAUUGUUUCUGUACAGUAUGCUGCACUUUCAAAUUCAAGUAUCUAUUUUUUUGCACAUCAUAUUAAUUUGAACUAUGUCAAUUUAUAUCACCACACAGAUUUUAUUUCUAUCUGCAAAUUAUUUAUCAAUCAGCGCCAAUCUAGAUGUAUAAAUAUUGUAUGAAGGCUUAAGUGUAAUGAUUUCUUUUUAAUCAAUGCAAGUUAAUUAGUUCAUUUCAUACUCCGAGUUUGUGUAUUAAUGUUACUUAUUUUCUAAAAUGUCCUUUACAUAGAAUAUUAUAGAAUUUUAUCUUUUUCAUCCUGAACUAUUGUAUCAUUUUUAAGCAGUGUUUGGGACUAAUAAAAAUAAUAAUAGAUGAAUGUCAGUGGCAAACUUUAACUACAUCGAGUGGUUAUCCUUAAUUUCUUCCGUUUUGGUGGAUUUGGCAUCGAUUCGUGGUCACAGAAGUUCAUCUCCAUAAGAAAAACCAGAGUUCCAUUCAGAAUAAACGUGA